CGCUGAGUGGUCACAAUGAUCGACAAGUUUGUAUCGAUUGAACAAGCCAAUAACAAUCUCAGCAACUACAGUAUACAAUUAAAUCGAUGGUUUUUGAAACCAAUAGGUGCAUGGCCUCCAUCUCCGUCCACUACAAAACUCGAAAAAAUUAUUUCUUUUGUUUUAAUUAUUUGUUGUUAUUCCUCCAUAUGUUUCACCGUGAUCCCUUGCCUAUUGCACGUGAUCUUAGAAGAUGAAAGUUUCCGUGACAAACUGAAAGUGCUUGGUCCACUGAGUCAUUGGUUCAUAGGUGGCAUUAAUUAUACCACAUUGUUACUACGGAGCAAAGAGAUACGGUAUUGUAUAGAACACAUGCAAAAAGAUUGGAGGAUCGUGACAAGAACAGAGGAUCAACAAAUAAUGAUGAAACACGCGAAGAUAGGCCGUUACAUAGCUGUAUUUAGCGCCGCUUUCAUGCAAGGUGGUGUUUUAUCCAAUUGCGCAGUGACAGCAUUCUCCACGCAAACCAUUGAGAUCGGUAAUGUGACUAAAACCAUACAUAUGAUACCUUGUACAGCAUACAAAAAAUUGAUCGCGGUCGAUACAAGUCCCACAAAUGAGAUUGUUAUUGCAUCGCAAUUUGUGUCCGGAUUCAUCGUGAAUUCAAGUGCAGUUGGAGCUGUCAGUAUCGCAGCUGUAUUUGCAGCUCAUGCCUGCGGCCAAUUAAGCCUUCUAAUGGUAUGGAUUCGUGAAUUUGUGGAUCGUUCGAAAAAAAUUCACGAUAAAAAUAUUGGAUUGGACAAGAUAGGCAAAAUCGUUCGACAUCAUCUCAGGAUUUUGAGUUUUGUAACAGGUAUCGAAAAUGUAAUGAGUGGAAUAUGUUUCAUGGAAUUGUUCAAAUGUACUAUAAACAUAUGCAUGCUUGGAUAUUAUAUUCUUACGGCAUGGAGUGUUCAUGAUAUUCAGAAUCUAGUCGUAUUUUUAGUAAUACUUCUCUCUAUGAUUUUCAAUAUUUUUAUAAUAUGUUAUAUUGGUGACAUAUUAACAGAACAGUGCAAAAUGAUUGGUGAAGCGGUUUAUAUGACAAACUGGUAUUACUUACCGGGAAAAGAUAUAUUGAAUUUAAUACAGAUCAUUUUAAGAUCCAGCAUGGUGAUUAAGAUCACUGCUGGUAAGCUAGUUCACAUGUCGAUAUACACCUUUGGUAAUGUGAUGAAAACUGCUUUCGCUUAUUUAAAUCUAUUGCGUCAAGUGACAUAACAAAAUGCACUUGUAAUUCUAUACAUAAACUUGUAAGAUUUAGAGAUAAAGAUUAAUACAUAUAUCAUA